AUCAAGGUGGGACCUUAUUCUGAAAUCCGUAUCACAAAUCAAGAAAACAAAGCCGACAUAAACACUAAAAUCCAAUUCUCUGCAACCAUGCUAAUCCAUAGAUGACCUCAAACAUUUCCGGUUUCCCAGCUGAAAAUCUCCCUGUAUUUAUUAGAUCAGCUUCAAAGGCAAUAAUAACAACCUUCAAGCAAAAAAAUAAAAUAAAAUAAUAAACCAAACAUGCUAUAUAAGAACCCUAACCAUAACCUAAAUGAACAAACCCUAAAAACUCAAGAAAUGAUCAGAAAAUACCACACUCCAAAUCUAACCCCAAACCAGUGCGGUUCAAGCCUUAUUCAAGCCAUAGAUGCACCACUACCGCUGGUCUGGUCCGUAAUUCGCCAAUUCGACAAUCCACAAGUCUACAAAAGUUUCGUAAAAAGCUGCUCGAUUCUCGACGGCAGCGGCGGAAUAGGAAGCGUACGUGAAGUUAAACUUGUCUCCGGUUUACCGGCGAAAAGCAGCACGGAGAGGUUAGAUAAUCUUGACGAUGACUCGUAUACAAUGACCGUUAGUAUCAUCGGAGGUGAUCAUCGGCUUGUUAAUUAUAAGUCUACGACAACUUUGCAUGAAACUGAAGACAAAACUGUGGUAAUAGAAUCUUAUGUAGUUGAUAUACCGUCUGAUAGUUGUCAGGAAGAUACGUGUUUGUUUGCUGAUACUAUUAUUGGGCUUAAUCUUAGAUCUUUGGCUAAUGUUACUGAGAAAAUAGCUAGUGUUUCUGUGAAUUCUUGUUGCAAUUAAUUUAAUUAAGAGUUGGUUUAGUUAAGCUUGUUCAUGUUUAAUUACUUGUCACUGUUUUUUUUCUUCUUUGUGUAUGAUUCACGGAGAAGUUUGAAAGUACAUGUAAUUUUUUUUAUA